CUUUAGAGUUGAGAUUACCACCUGAUCGGUACACUACAGUAACCGUACGAUUCAGUUGAUUGCGGAUGGACGCCCUACACCAUUUAACCAAUGCAUAAAACUCCGUCUAGGGACGAGCUUAAAGAAUGGUGACAUCCUCUGUCCCACCUUUUGGUUCGCGAUGCUCUGGAGGCCGCCGAUGCCAUCGACAAGCUACAUGUACUUACAUCUAACCGUCUGACAGCCUUGGGUAGUAGCUUGUGCUAUUUUAUUGCUCAAAGCCCGGCAUGGAGUCGGCAACUGCUGAGGCACCGCCGGUUCCACGCAAGCCAGCAUGCGUCCUUUGCAAAUCGCGGAAAGUCAAGUGCGAUCGUGAGAGUCCGGCGUGCGGAGGCUGUGUCAAGCUAGGCGCAGAAUGUGUACCACGCGAGAACUCAAAGACCCGGAACCGGAAGAAGCCCAAUGUUGAACUUCAGCGAAGACUGGCGCGAUGCGAGGAAUUACUUCAACAGUUCGUGUCUGCAGAAAAGCGCGAGAAGAGUAGCGACGGUACUCGCACGGAGCCUAGUCCGAAAAGCGACACGAGUACGAAGAGUGAGAGUGAGGAUCUUUGGAGCCGGGAUCGCGAAAUGCAAGCGCUUGAGAACUCCCUUGGAAAGCUCGUUAUCGACAAAGGGUCUGUCAGGUUUACUGAUAGUACCCCUUGGGCCACGGUUUUCGAUGAGUUACAAGCCAUCAGAGCAGUCGUGGAGGACGCCGACAGUCCUGCGAGCCUACCGAGCCUACCCGAAACGACAAUUCAACAAGCGUCCAUUGCAAGCGAGGCAAACAUUACAGACGUCAAAGAGACCAAUGCCUGCAACCCGCAACAUCUACAUCCGCCUCCGAGUCAUGCUAUGCUACUAUGGCGGAUGUUUGUAGAUCGAGUCAACCCAAUAACGAAACUCAUACAUGUGCCGUCCACGCAACGUCAUCUAGUCCAGGCGAUGGCGACUCCGCCAUCUUUGCCACGAGACUUGGAAGUUUUGUUCUUCUCGAUCUAUGCGUGUGCUGUUGGUUCGAUGAGGCCGGAAGAAUGCGCAAGGUUACUGGGUCAGUCGAAAAUGGAGCUGCUGGAUCGGUUCUCGAAGACCUUACGAAAGGGGCUGUAUCGUGCGCGCUUCUUGGAGAAGCCCACCUUUGUGCUCUUGCAAGCACUCGUACUUCAACUGGUUGCGAUUCCGGAUCGAGAGAGUGCCCACGCGAAUUGGAUCAUGAGCGGCGUCUGUAUUCGAAGUGCCCAGCGUCUAGGGCUUCAUCGAGAUGGCUCGCAACUGGGGAUUUCCCCCUUUCAAACAGAGCUACGAAGACGCGUCUGGUGGAACAUUGUCCUACUCGAUUUUCGAUUCGCCAUGGCCUCUGGAUUCAACCCAACUCCGCUAUCACGCGCUUGCAGCUGCAAAAUGCCCACCAACAUCAACGACGCCGAUUUCGAUGUCGAUACCGCCACUCCCCUCGAUAACAGAGACGCCCCGACUGAUAUGAUUGUCUCUUUGGUGGUUUGCAGCUUGUCACGAUGUCUCACUCAGCGAACCAACUUGAGCCAUGCCAUGUUCGUCGUCGAAAAGAGUGACGUGUCAGACGAGCUUAGUCGACUUCACAGUAUCGAGCUGGAAAAGUUUGUCGUGAACUUUGAAGAGUUUUUAGAGGAUAUCGUGAAGCGUUAUUGCGAUCCGAGUGCAGGGGAUCUGCACGUGUUGGCUUUGCAGCUGAAAGCAGCCAUGGUCGACAAGAUCCGAAUCAUGGCAUGCAAGCCCAAGGGGGCUGUAGAGCCGCCACCCGAGGUGAAAGGGGACAUACUGUUUCGUGUCUCACUCGAGGCGGCUGAGCACGUUGCGAACCAUCUCCAGGUGAUGGAGGGUUGGAACUUUGUGUGGUACAUUCUUCAGUAUCUCGAGUACGACUUGUUCCUCCACCUGAUCAGCCGACUGUGUCUCCAGUCAACGGGCGACUUGGUAGAUCGAGCAUGGAAGGUGCUGCCCAUCAUAUAUCAAUACCAUGAAGACUAUUUCGAAAUGUCGGUUCAUCCGUAUGCCGUCGCAGGAGCGGUCCUUGUCAGGGCGUGGAGACACAGGCAGGAAAGCUUGCUCUCCCAGUUGGGCUACCUGCCCCCGACUCCGGAUUAUGUUCAAAGAGUUGAACAAUGUUUGGCCGCCAAUGGCUCAGUCGGCAGUUCUCCUCCCGAGCUGGUGCCUCCUUCAAGAGGGGCUGCGCCAGAGACUGCCAGGUGGGAGGACUCGGAAUGGAGAUGGAACCCUCAAGGGUUCAGCAUAGAAACCUACGAUCUUGAGUACAUUGCGGGUGAAGAUUCAUUGACAUGGCCUCCGCCUCAGUAACGACAUGGUUGGAAGAAGCUGGACAGCAAUCGUAAGGAGUCUCAGAGAAGAGGUCGGCAGAGGGUGAGAAGUAGUCUCAAGGUCACUAUCUCUCAGCUGCUUUGAGAAUAGCGCAAAGCAUGAUACUCAAAAUUUUAUGGAUAGAGCCAUGAUCACUCAUGGAUAGAAGAGACUUAUCAUCGCUCAAUCACAUGCCUUCGACUCCUCAGAUACCUCACCCAACAAGGACUCUUAUCAUGGCUGCCUAUUGUCACAGCCUACCCGGCCUCCCAACUCGCCCAUAAUUGAUGCUUAUAGAGAUA